GUGAUCCAAAUUUUUGGUGCAAAAGAUCAAGAUGUACCAAAUGCUGGACAACAGUUCUCCUUUAGAACACCAAAGGAAGAUGUAAAGAACAAGAAUUUCACAAUACGAGACUUUGGAAACAACACAGCUGGAAUCGUGACAAAGCGGAGUGGCUUCAGACGGCGUUUGCAGGAGAUCUACUUCCUGCCCGUUGUCAUCGAGGACAAUGGCUACCCACCCAAGAGUAGCACGGGGACCCUCACCAUCCGUGUGUGUGGCUGUGAAUUGGACGGAUCCCUGCUAACGUGCAGUGCAGAGGCCAUCUUUCUCCCUGUGGGUCUAAGCACAGGAGCUCUUGUUGCCAUACUCCUGUGCAUCAUCAUUCUAUUAGUUAUCGUUGUCCUCUACGUGGGUCUGCGACGACAGAAGAAAAAAGAAACCCUCAUGUCAUCUAAAGAGGACAUCCGGGAUAAUGUCAUUCACUAUGAUGAUGAAGGGGGAGGGGAAGAGGACACGCAUGCGUUUGACAUGGGGACACUUCGCAAUCCCAAGGUUGUCAAGGAGAACCUGUUCCGCAGGGAUGUCAAACCUGAGAUGAAGCAAGGCCCCAGGCCCCCGGCAUCUCAGGACAGUGCAGACAUCCGAGACUUCAUCAACCAGCGUCUGAAAGAACACGACACGGACAACUCAGCACCGCCYUACGACUCCUUGGCCACGUAUGCUUACGAAGGUGACGGCUCUGUGGCAGAGUCUCUUAGCUCCAUCGAGUCCCUCGCAMUAGACUUUGAGGAAGACUACGAUUACCUCAGUGAGUGGGGGCCUCGCUUUAAGACACUGGCAGGCAUUUUUGGAGAACAGUCAGAAACUCAGUCAAAUUCGACAAACACGGAAAACACACAUUGAUGUUACUCACAGACUCUAAAAUGAAGCUGUUUUUUUCUUUUUUGUGACCUUUUUUAUCAGUCUUAUCACAUGAUUACAUGAUUUUAUUAUUUACUUUUUUCAUCUCACUGUUUUUAGUUUUUAUUGUACUUUAUUAUGCUCAAUCCCAAAAUUGUAAAAAAAAAAAAGAAUAAAAUUACAAAAAAAUGAAGAAGAAAUAAGGGAACAUGUGUCAUAAUUAUAUGAGCAGCCAUUCAAUUUCUUGUCAAUUGAAUGUUGUUUAUUGUCUUAGAUUUUGUUUCCUCAUGGGGGAUACGCACAGAAAUGUUGUCAUUUCCUGGAACAUCCUUUAAAGUGCCUCAAUAUAAUUGUUCUUUCACUUGCUAUUUCAUGGCACAUGAUCUUUUUUUUAAACCCCAUAGACUAAGCUGACUGAGUCAGCAUGAUGUACUGUGCACUGACAUUAAGACCAGUGUCAGCUCUGUGGGGAGAAUGAGGUGGCCAAAGUUUGGCCAAAGAUGUUUCGAAUGUUAUUUAUUGUUCUAUUUAUUUAUUGAAUGGUUGAGUUAAAUCAGAUGUUUGUGUAUUUAUAUAUUUAUCUCUCAAUCAUCUAUAUGUAUUUUUUAUUUAAAAAAAAACACUUGAGAAUUUUGUAAUUAAAAAAUGCCCACAUGUAUGUUUCUGUUAGGUGGAUCUUGUAAAUAGACUUGUACUAGAGUUGUAAAGAUUCGCUAGGGCUGGCUAAAUAAAUAAAAGUUUGACAAUGUAAUAAGCACUGUUUUCUUAAAUAAAUGACACUUGGACAGAUGCUCUCUUA